CAACACGUCUUCCACUGUGAUUUAGGGGUCCCAUUACGAUACUUUUUAUCCACCUCACCUUAUCCCGAUUCGCCUCUCCGAAAAUCGUUUGUCAUUGGCAACGUCUCGUUUCCUGCAAUAGACCUUCCCACGGACAACGAGAACCAUCGGAUGCAGCUCUGGGGCCUGACACUCGGGAUGACGCGCGAACUUAUCGAAUUGACCGAGGUUGCUGCUGCUAGUAGUAAUGGCGGGAGGCCUGCAUGGCAGCAAUUUGUAACGAUGGCAAAGGCUUAUCCCAAAUUCUCGUUUAAAGACAUGAAUGUCUUGAUUCGAUUCUUCAUGUAUCUCCAACCCCCACAAAGAAAACAAGAUGUAGAAAGGGUGUAUAUGGCAUCGCUUCGCAAGGCUAUCUAUGUGGCUGUCAUAUGGCGCGCAGUACUCGGUGUGGCGGUGGUGGGAUUGCUAGGACGCAAAUUGCUGCUACAUUUGCGUCUAAAGAAGUGACAUAUAUAAAGUGUGUGUGUGCGGUGAUAAAUGAUAAUAAAAUUUUGACUUUUUGGAAUACUCCUUUGGACGUUUUGUUCAACCUAAGCGGUGUCGCGCCAUGCAGCGUAGAUCUGGAAGACAGCUGCAAAUCCGCCAA